UCCUUCCCGCCCCUCCAACCCCAGGAUUUCCGCCGGGGCGAUGAGGAGCGGCGGCCGUCGGCGGGCGGAGGCCAAUGGGGGUUCCUGAGGUGAAGCACCGGCUGCAGAGCCGCGGUCAGGGCGAUAGGCUGCCCUGACUCUUCCCCGAAGGGUCCCCCGAGGGAAGGGGGGCAGUGGUGAGCGGUGGAAACUUUCCGUUCGGCUCGUUUGCCUCCCUGAGGACCUCUGGUAGCCGUGCCUCGGCAUGCUGCCCGCCUCCCUUGGGCGGGCGGGGCAGCGGGGCGGGCGGCUGCGGGUCCCCCUGGGGUGCUGGUUGCUCGCUCCCCCCGGCUGGGCGCUGCCAGGACCCGGGCACUGCCCCUGCCUCUGUCUGAGAUGGCGGCACCAGCCCUUGGGCCGCAGGGAGCCCGGCCCGCUCUUGUGGGCUGCCCGGCAAAGGAUCGGUACGCAGGCAGGGGGGCUGAGAGCUGAAAAACCCGGAGAGGAGAGCAAAGGUGUGACCGUGCCGGGGGAUCGGAAAGAGGAAACUCUGCUGUCGACUGUGCAGAGAGUAAAAGAAGCUGGAAGAGACUUCACCUAUUUUAUUGUGGUGCUUGUUGGAAUUGGUGUUACAGGUGGUUUGUUUUAUGUGAUUUUUAAAGAGCUGUUCUCUUCUUCUAGUCCAAAUAAGAUUUAUGGAGAUGCCUUGGAGAAAUGCAGAUCUCAUCCCAAGAUAGUUGCUGUUUUUGGCGAGUCUAUUAAAGGUUAUGGGGAGACCACAGGAAGAGGAAGACGGCAGCUUGUCAGUCACAUUGAAUAUGUAAAGGAUGGUCUGAAACACAUGCGUUUGAAGUUCUAUAUUGAGGGCACUGAGUCAGGGAAGCGGGGAACAGUCCAUGUGGAAGUCAGAGAGAAUCCUGAGGGAGGAAGAUUGGAGGUCCGCUACAUAGUUGUGGACGUUGAAACCUAUCCUAGAAGAACCAUUGUUGUAGAAGACAACAGAUGAUCAGAGUUGCCGUUUUGACUCAUUGAGUGUUGGAAGACACUGGUGUAGCCAGGCUGCACAGGAACUGUUUGGUGUUCUUGAUUAUGCCUUGCAAAUUUGGGUUUCUCUUGCAGGGCACAGACUCUCAUGGCCUCCUUUAAGGUCUUUGGUAAUAACAGAUACCAGAUUUGAAAUUAAGCCAAUGAAAAAUAGCAGAGCCAUCACUUGUGGUGUAUACUUUUGCUAUAGGAAAAUAAUGGCUCAUAAUAAAGAGUUUGAUGCUGGAUAAUACUUCUAUGCACCCAAACCCCCAAGUCUUCCAAGAUUUUAGGUCUGGAUGGGGAAUUUUUUAUCUUCCUUUGCUUCAAUUUCACACUAGAAUUACAAUAAAGUGGCAUUUUAACUGUAGACUAA